UAUUGGUUGGAUCGCAUGAAAAAAGAAAAACCUGCUUACUUGACAAUCACAUCACUUGAACUUCCAGACUCACCAAUUCCUCUAAUAGAUUCUCAAGCAAGUGCUCGAUUUCGUGCUACUGAAUCGUCUGAUGUCAAUUUUGAAAAAGAUGAAAUAUUGGAUGAAUUUAUUGAAAAUAUGACUAAGCUUGGGAAAGGGAGAAAAAAAGCUACCCGUAGUGCUGGUGCAAAUGUCACUAAAACUAUUGAACGUGCUAGGAAACAAUUUAUCGAAACAAAAAAAUAUAAUAGAGCUCUUACUUCCCUUCGGACCAGUACAAAAACUAUCGCUGAAGGACCGCCAAAAAGAUGUACUAAGUCAAGUGACGUCAUGGAAGAAUGCAUAUGUGCGGAAAUCACAGAGAAUUUAAAAAUCAACAUCCAGGAGAAAACGGAGGUCAAUAAAUCUUCACGCAGUCCCAGUCCGGAAGUGACUCACACAAUAAGAAUUGCGAUGAAAUACCUUGGUCAGCCCGGACGCCGUGAACAACAUGAUGAUGAAGAUAAUAAUGAUGAUGAGGAUGAAUAUCGUGUAAUUGAAAAAAUUUCAUCUUCCGAUGAGCUAUCAAAUAUUUUAGUUAAUCAACAAUUGGCAGAACAGAACCAAUAUUACAGGGAUACUAACUGUUGUGCCGGUAUUAACGUUGCCUUGGACUUUACACUCAAUUGCAACGGUGUUCAAUUAACGUCUCGAGAUAUUAGUCUAAAACCUGUUACUAAAGAUAAUUCGAAUAUAGAUUAA